AUGAAAGUCGAAUGCGAAACUGAUACUUCUAAUUUAACGCCGCCUUCCAAGAUAAAAAAAAGUUACAAUAAUGGGAUUGCCGAACAAAAACUUAAAAAAAAUGGAAUCGAUGACGAUGUUGUCCCUAAACUAUCUUAUAAAUUCAAAGAUAAAAAUAUUAAAUUAACUCUCGAUCGGCUUUCCGCUACUGGUUACAAAGGCUGGUCUUCUGUCUUUUGUACACAUUGUGCUUGUUCUGGGAAAUGGUAUUACGAAGUUAAAAUAAAUCAAGAUUAUAAAAAUCUUAAAUUUGUCGGUCACGAUAAUUCCUUUAAACAUCACAUUAAAGGACAUGUUAGAGUGGGAUAUGCCUGUAGAUAUCAGAGAUACGACACACCAGUUGGAAUCAACAGUUAUGGAUUUUCAAUUUCUGACAUUGAUGGGCAGGCUUAUUACAAUUCAAAAAAGUUCCCCUACGCCAUCUCAUUCAGUAACUUUUUAGACUAUUUAAACUUAUAA